GUUUCGACAAACUACUUUAUCUAUCAUGGAGAAGCUUCACUAUAUCGAUGCUGAUGUAGUUUGCCUUCUUAGCAAGCUCAACACCUAUGACUACAUCAUCGUCGGUAGUGGUUUUGGAGGUGGACCUAUGGCCGAUGAUCUUGCUCGGAAAAAGAAAAGGGUUCUAUUAAUCGAGAGAGGUGAAGUCAUUUUCUCAACUCAUGUUCUCAAUACUUCGCGGCCAUACUUCGGUCGUGGCGCCAGUAACUCUCCGGAAGGUAAUGAGACUAUCUACGACAGCGUCAAAGCGAAAGUCCAAUGCAGUGAAGGCUCAGAGACCUAUGUCGGCGGUCCAGUGUAUUGUGUCGGCGGCCGCUCUAACCUCUGGGGUAUCUGGACCCCAGAGAUCAGCUCACAGACCCUGGAAAAAUACUUCCCUGCCGAAGUCGUCUCCUAUCUCCAAGAAGGCGGCGGAUACGCCAAAGCAUUCAAUUUCAUGACUCAAAAUUCACAGGAAUCUGAGCCAUACCCAAUCGAUAGCGGCCAGAUGACCCAGAGUGAGAUUGAUGGGGUAAAAUCUACUCUGCAAGCGGCUAUUCCAGAUGUCGACUGGGAUCUCAUGCCUGUCGCAGCCGAGUUCAACUCUUCCGCACCUUACAAGUUCCCCCAAGGCGCAUACAGUACUACACUGGCCAUAAUGAACAAGAUAUUUGCCAAAGACCAGUAUUUGACAGUCCUUCUGGACACUGAGGUCAUAUCGGUUGAACACUCCAAGACGGAGAAUGCUCAAGAUCCCACAGAGGAAAGAAAGGUACAUUCGAUUAAGUUUCGAAAUGGAGCCGAUACAACCAUCAAGGACCUCCCUGUUGGGAAUGCCAAGGUGAUCAUCAGCGCUGGUACGAUCGGUACCGCCUCUAUUGCCCUUAAUAGUGGCUUCCAACUGCUUAAUCCACUCGUCGGCAAAGGUAUCAUAGAUCACGAUAUUUGCUACGUUCGGUUUUCCAUGGAGAAAGAGGGGGAGAUGAAAAAGCCACUCAACUUGAAAACCCUCAUCACCAUAGAAGAUAGGCUCUGCCUCCUUACCGUCACCGUCAAUGCCAAUUUUUUCUUGGCUGGCUGCUCUGCAUCCCUCCCAACCACACACUUUUACGACAGGCGUGGCAGGUUGAUCGACGGCAAGGAUAGACGCCUCAGAGACCAGGGAGCUUUUGAUACGAUUUGUAUACUAUUCGAAUUUGUUGCCGAUCUACAAGAUUCCAACGAGGUUCUGAAUCUUGCAAGCGUGAACCCCGUCCUCAGCAUCACACGGCCACCUUUGGCCAAUGCGGUAGAUUCUGGCAUGCUGGAAUUCGUUAAAAACAUUAGGGACCAAUUUGUCUACGAUGGGAACCCUCCAACCCCCGAACCUCCAAUUCCACAGCCAUCGCACAUGGGUUUUGGCGUUUUUGCUCACGAGUGCGGGACAAUGCGGAUGGAUGGGCCCCAAGGCAAUGGCGGUGUCGUCGACUCCAAUUUGAAAAUGAAGGGAUUCGAGAACUUGUGGGUAUGCGAUAUGUCAGUAUUCCCAGUUUGUCCAGAGGCGAAUCCGGCCUUGACAUUAGCGGCCCUCUCCAUUAGGAUGGCGGAUCAGUUCGUCCCAGAUCCUCAGCAACCAGACCUACCUCCCAUUGGACCAGGAGAAAUUUAG